GUGCAGUGGUGUGUACAAUGAAUGCAGUCCAAGUUCGUUCGGACACCGAAAGAAAGAGCCCUUGGUUGACAUGACAGAUCGAUAUGCACAAAGAAUGUGGACGGACACUGAAUGAAUGCCGACUGUCUAUCCUAUCUUGCGUCGUGUGCGUGAGGGUAGAGCAGGCUGCGCCCCUGGUCCCUCUUGCCCUGCAGCUCCUGGAACUGCUUCUCCUGGUUCUGCAGCCAAACAGAACACACAGGCAGCCAGCCAGCCAUGACGCACACAUACAUCCGAAAGGACGCCACGCCACGAGGGUGACACGGCGGUCGCUUACCUUGAGGUCGAGCUCUAGUGAGUUGAUGUCAUCGAGCACACCCCCACACGCCGUCUGGAGCGCCUUGAUCGGCGUCGACGCAUUCGUUGUCUGCACCUGCCAUGCGUGUGUCAGUCACGGAAACGCCCAAUGUGUGCCAUGCUGUGAUCCCUGUGAUCCUCAGCCUCACCCUGACAAGCAUUUUUGGCUCGAGUGGGUGUGGCACUUGAUAGGCACCAAACUUGACCUCAGGGUCCUCCAACAGCUUCCUACAACACACACAUCGGACGACGGACACCAGUGAGUGAGUGAAUGAUGCUCUCCCUGCUCACAGUGUGCCUGCAGACAGACAGACAGACACCGACACGUACGUACCAUCUGAGCACGUUGCCGAGUGUGUGGUCCUCGAGGUAGAUGGAGAAGGUGCCCAGGUUGUUCACCUUGGCCUCCUUAGCGUACUCUACCCUGCACCACGCGCACACACAACCACAAUCACAUGUUGCACGUCGGUUGUGCGGCAUACUUGCUCGAGACGCCGGGCGGCAGUUCCAGCAGCUCGGCUGCAUCUGGACGGUUGAUAGCGGCGUUGUUCUGGUUCGCCAUCACGACAGACGAACGCCUCACGCCAGAAGGCUGCGACAGAGAUCAACGGAGAUCAGCUCUUUUGACCGCUGGACAACCUCAUCCCGCUCGAUAGCUGCUUCUUGCUUCCUUCUUCUGCUUCGCAAAG